GGUGGGAUGCCUAUCCCUGCCCGUCGCCCGCUACCCGUUUCCUCUACGUUCUCCAUGGCCGCUGCUUCUCCUCUGACAUUCGCGGCGUCCUCCCUUCCUCUCUCAAAUCACGCCUCCGUCUCCGGCGAGGCCCAAUUCUUCUCCUCAUCGUUACGACGCCCGAUCCAUCCGAUCACCAUGAACGCUCGCACUGCUUCCCUCUCCCACCGAUUAGCUGAAUCCCUGGGCACAACUGAGGUCGGAGAGGAUUCUGGUGCCCCUUCUCCUCUCGAUGUGGAAGCAAAUGCCGAUAAGUUCAUCUGUAUUGAUGGAUCAUCGAACAACGUGAAAGGGCCAAUAACACAAUUUCCUUCUUCUCAAAUUGAAGCUUCCACGGUGUUGCAAGAGAAGUUAGUGAUAAGAAACACUAAUGGAGAGAAUCUUGUGGGAGUUAUACAAGAAGCUGGUUCUUCAGAGCUUGUAAUUUUAUGCCAUGGUUUUAGAUCCUCGAAAGAAAGCAAAACACUUCUUAACCUUGCUGAUGCUCUAGUAUCUGAAAACAUCAGUGUAUUUAGGUUUGAUUUUUCUGGGAAUGGAGAGAGUGACGGUACAUUUCAGUAUGGUAACUAUUGGAAAGAGGUAGAAGACUUGCGGGCUGUAACUCAGUUCUUCUCUGGGCAGAAUCGUGAAGUGCAUGCUAUUGUUGGGCAUAGCAAAGGGGGAAAUGUGGUCCUCCUAUAUGCUUCCAAAUUUCAUGAUAUUCAUAGAGUUGUUAAUAUUUCUGGUCGUUUUGGCUUGAAAAAAGGUAUUGAGGCUCGGCUUGGAAAGGAUUUUAUGGAAAGAAUAAAAAAGGAUGAGUUCAUUGAUGUUAUGGACAAGACGGGAAGAUUUAUUUAUUGUGUGACCAGGGAAAGCUUGAUUGAUCGUCUGAGCACAGACAUGCACGAUGCAUGUCUUUCAAUUGAUAAAAAUUGUAGGGUCUUGACAGUUCAUGGUUCAGAGGAUGAUGUUGUACCACAUGAAGAUGCUUUUGAAUUUGAUAAGUUAAUUAUUAACCAUAAGUUACAGAUCAUAGAAGGUGCCGACCACCGAUUCAUUUCACAUCAGAAUUAUUUAGCUAGAGUGUUAUUGGACUUCAUCAGAUAAAGUCAGGAGAAUGGUGCAGUGGGACAAGAAGCGUCCAUUGAUUUGAAUAGAUUUUCAAGCUUCCAUUUUCUAUAAAUUGUGAGGGAACUGAAGAUAUUUUGUCACUCAAGAAACACUAAUUGUUACUCUAAUUAGUAAUGGAAUCUCAUUGAACCUGUUGCCCAGAAAGUUAUGACAACAGGUGUCAUCUAUUGUACAAUGAUCUGGUGACUAGUAUGCUUUCUCGAAUAGGAUUGGUGCUGGAUUUAUUGUGUGAUGUAGUAUACUUCAAUGGUUCCCUUUUGGACAAGUUUAUGGUAUUUGAAACUGCCAGGGCCUUUAAGUUUUCAUUCAUCCCGGAAAUCUCAACUCUUUUGUAAUUUUCAUUGGUUUGUCUUGCAAUUUAAUGUGACUUUUGAUAGAUAUAUAAUGAAAUGUAGCAUACUUCAACUCUUGAGUUGUAGUAAUUUUCUUUAGCUUGUCAUUGAAGCACUAAAUUGCUGUAAAAUGAUCUUGAAGCAAAAUGUUUCCAUGGCCCUUUUGCAGUUUCCAAAACCUUUUUCUAAUGGUACUAGUCGGGACUUGUAGCAAACCCAACAAGUUUCUCUUGAUGCACACAGAAGCUAGGUCGUCCCCUGUUGAUGCUGGUCCUUUCUUUUUCCAAUGUCAGAAUGGCUGCAUCAUUUGGUUUCUCAUGUCCAUCUUUAAUGCUUCAUGUUGUUUAAAUUUCAUGGCCGUUUUGUUCUGUUAGAACUGACAGACUAUUCUACAUAAAUAGGCAUCCGAUCAUCCAAAUAAAGCAUCUGUCAUCUUAAGCAGAAAAUAUGAAGGGCAGUUUUGAUGUACAUACAACAGUAAACUUUGUGCACUGAUUGAUUAGGAACGAGAACAAAUUGGAACCGAAGACCAGAUUGCUGUUGAUUUGAGGUGAUUUUGUCGCUAGUACUCCGUGAGUUCAAAAUGUUCAAUUCAUGUACCUCUUUAUCUGUGCACCUAGCUUGCUAAUGUGUUUUCUUGUCCAUAAAAGCCAUGUGCAGUUGCUUGUUGUUAAUAUUAGGCGUGCUGGGGAUGCACCUCUGCAAUCAUCUACUGCCCAAAUGAUCGACAAGCUGAUGCUGCCUGGCAUUCAGCAGAUUUAGGCCUGGAGCUCAAGCUAGCUAUCACUUGAAGUCAAGUUCAUUUGGCUUUCUUCUUCGACAUUUUUGAUGUCUUGUCCUGAUACGGUUCUUGAAUAGACGCCAGCUAUAAUGCCUCAUUCUGCGAAUCAUUUGGCGGCAUGUUGUCUUUGCUGGCUUCCAUCAGUGCCAUUGAUCACAGGAUUCACUAGAAUUGAAAGGGAUAAUAUUUCUUUCUUGUGUUAUUUACUUGCUUAUAAUGCACAGUGUCAGACAAUUCCGUCCUCAAAAUUUGUCCCUAACUUCUUAACUUGUUUUUCACCCAGUAGAAGACAGGGGGUUCUCUCAAUAAAUGCACACCACUCCCAAUGAAUGCUCAUCGCGUUGUCUUCUUUUGAGCAGAGACAACCAGGUUUUGGACGGAAUGAAUUGCAUACGACAGGAAGUGGACCAGCAUCAUUGGUGCCAAAUUUGUUCCGAAGUGAUUGCAGAGGUACGGAGACUGUCACGAGAGGGGGGUUGGGUUUGCUUUUGGAGGCACUCCAUUUCUCCUCAUCUACGUGAACGAUUCUGACCUCUAUAAACCUUGAGCCAGACAUGUCUAAGUGAACAUCCUUACUCUGAAUCAUGAGGGGGCACCUUUGCAUAAAAGAAUGUCUUUAAUUUGGUGAAGUAAAGAGAUGUUCUUGGGUCCGUAAAACAUAACUGAAGUGAAGGAGUAUGGACAAAAUCAUUCAUGGCGUCACACCAAAUAGACGAAGCAAAGAAGGACAUUGUUUCAUCGAAGAAAAGAGAGGUGUAGGGACGGU